AUGGAGAAAUUCCUUAGACCAGACAAAUUGCAAAUUGACCCGGAAUCUCCAACUGCCUCAGAGGAAUGGACGCACUGGUUACAAACAUUCGAAGACUUUCUAACCAUGACAGAAUUCGUUGAAGACAAGGACAAACUGAAACUACUAACUAAUCGAUUAUCUUUUACUACUUAUAAAUUUAUCAAGGAAUCUGAAACUUACCAAGACGCUUUGAGAGUUCUUAACUCAAUUUACAUCAAACAAAAGAAUGAAAUAUUCUCAAGAUAUUUAGUAAUGACUAGAAAACAGCAACAAGGUGAGACUAUUGACAAAUAUGUGUCGGAACUGAAACUUUUGAGCCAAGAUUGCGUUUUUGAAGCUGUUAAUGCGAUUCAAUACAGGGAUCAUUACAUUCGUGAUGCUUUUAUCAAUGGCUUAGCCUCGUCAUACAUACGACAGAGACUAUUUGAAAAUAAAACUUUGGACCUAGCUGAAGCAGUGGAACAGUCUAGAGCUCUUGAAAUGGCUCAAGCUCAAGUCGAGAGCUAUCAAAAAUCUAUGUACGGAAUGCAAACUUGUGCAACGAAUAAAUUGGCAAAGCAAGCUUGUCAGUACGAAUUCCCACUACAACAAAAGGAAGAAGCGACUGUUUCCGCUAUUAAAAAUGUUGAUGGCAAGUGUUAUUUUUGUGGGCAUGAUAGACACUCUAGAGAUCGCUGUCCAGCCAGAGAAGCAACUUGUGGGAAAUGUAACAAGACAGGGCAUUAUGCGAGAGUCUGUAAAAGUAAUCCAACUCAACAUUUUAAAGUAAAACAGAAGACGUCUAGUACAUCAGCUGCACUAAUAGCAACUACACAUAAUACAUCUGUAUUGAAGGACUCUACAGUUGAAGCUAAAGUGAAUGGCCUGAAAGCAAAUUGCUUAAUAGACACCGGGAGUACAUCAAGCUUUGUAAACUUGAAGUUUGUUCAGUUAAACAAAAUUAAAAUGUAUAAUGAAAGUGGACAAGUAUCACUAGCUGCUUCUAAUAUGAAAUCAAACGUCCACGGGUUUGUUAAAAUCAACCUAAAUCUGUUGAAUCACAAUUACAACAAUUUUAAGUUGACUGUUCUUGAAGAUCUUUGUACUGACGUGCUUAUCGGACAUGAUAUCAUGAAACUCCACUCAAAUAUACAGGUUUGGUUUGGAGGUAAGAAACCUCCUCUGUUGGUGUGCUCCUGUGCCAAAGUUGAACCACCCAAACUAUUCUGCAAUUUAACUCCAGAUUGUAAGCCAAUAGCCACAAAAUCACGACGUUACUCAGAUGAAGAUAUGCAAUUUAUAAAACAAGAAAUGGAAAGACUACAGACUGAGGAGAUCAUUGAACCUAGUUCGUCACCUUGGCGUGCACAAGUGUUGGUUGUUACAAACGACAAAGGGAAGAAGCGACUGUGUGUGGACUAUUCGCAAACGAUAAACAAAUUUACUCUGUUAGACGCCUAUCCCUUACCAAACAUAGAUGAUCUAGUAUCCACUGUAGCGACGAACAAGGUUUUUAGUGUCAUUGAUCUAAAGCAAGCAUACUAUCAAAUACCAAUUUCUGACGAAGAGAAGAAGUACACUGCUUUUGAGGCUGAUGGUCGUCUUUUUCAAUUCAGAAGAAUCCCAUUUGGCGUAACCAACGGGGUGGCAUGUUUUCAAAAGACCAUGGACCAAAUCAUUAGAAAAGAAAAACUGAAUGGAGUGUAUGCCUAUCUGGAUGAUUUGACCGUAUGUGGAAAGGACCAAAAGGAUCAUGAUGUGAAUCUAAGAACAUUUUUAGAUGCUGUAACUAAGUAUGGACUUGUAAUCAACAACGAAAAGAGAAGCGGUUGCAGAUUUGCAGAAGCCCUCAAACUUGACAUUGCAAACUCGGUAAUUACUCCUAGGAAUGGGCAAGAGCCACUGGUAGUGGAGACUGACGCAUCUGACAUAGCCGUGGCAGCAACUUUGAGUCAAGAUAAUCGGCCAAUUGCUUUUUUCUCACGGACUCUAAACAAAUCUGAGAAGCUGUUUUCAGCUGUUGAAAAAGAAGCCGUUGCCAUUGUCGAAGCCCUUCGAAAAUGGAAAUCAUUUCUUAUCGGAAGAGACUUCAGAUUAUACACGGAUCAGCAAGCUUUAUCAUUUAUCUUUGACAAGAGGCAUACAAGCAAAAUCAAGAACGAUAAAGUUAUGAGAUGGCGACUAGAGCUAACACCUUAUCAAUAUGAAAUAGUGUACCGACCUGGUAGGGAGAAUGUAAAAGCAGAUACGCUCUCUCGGGCAUGUGCGGUUCGCUGGGACAAUGCUAAGUUGUUUGAAUUACACAAAUCUCUCUGCCAUCCGGGAGUCACUCGAAUGUUUCAUUGGAUUAAAACUAAAAAUCUAAACUACACUCUGGAUGAUGUAAAAAGGAUGACGUCAGCUUGUCAAACAUGUGCAGAAGUGAAGCCAAGAUUUCACCAAUUCCAAGGCAAAUUGAUAAAGGCAACCACUCCCUUCGAACGUCUAAAUAUUGACUUUAAGGCCCUCUUCCAUCAACAACCAGAAACCGUUACCUUUUAA